AUGAACCAAGCCUCCGACGCUCAAUCCUACAAUGGCAUCGCUUCUUUCAUCUUGGCCAGCAUGAAGGAUUACGGCCCAUCUCUUGGCGGUAUGAUACCACAGCUCCGGUCCAACACGCCGAAUCUCUUCUCACUUGGAGAUCUCAAAGAUGUCAACGAUGAUGAAGGUUCCUGGGCUCUUUGCAAGGAGUACUUUCUUGGACUUGCAACACAGUGCCCCACGGUGGUGUUUGAUCUUACAACAACCCAACACGUUAUCACUACAGACAAAAAGUCGCCUCGCUUUUGGGAAUUUUUGCUCGACCCAACAUUAAUUGUUCAACGCGCCGAGCCGUUGACUUGGAUGUGCUAG